GAUCGCCGAGCACAGGUCCUCUUCUUCCUAAAGUCGGUCGGCACUUUUCAAUCUUUCGGUUAUGACUUUUGAUAUCUGUGCACUGUAAUUUGCAUUGUAUUAUGAUAAAGAGCUUAGUUGGCAUGUAAAUCCUGGAAAAUAGAGUGGUUUUAACAUAGCAAGUUGAUAAAUGCUACGAUUGGUAUCGCCUAUCUUGAAAUCGCAGAUUGUUAAACAGAUCAGGCAAUCUACAACCGACGAAUCGUUUAUUUCAUUCGCAAGGAGAUAUAGCAGAAUGAAGUAUUUAAAUCAAACGGAGGCUAUCAACAUCGACAAAGAUUUGUUCGAGAAAUAUAAAUUUAGCGUUGAUCAAUUGAUGGAAUUGGCUGGACAGAGCUGUGCCAUUGCAAUUGCAAAAUCCUACCCAUUGUCAGAGGAUUCGAAUAAAGUGCUGGUAUGCUGUGGACCUGGCAACAACGGUGGCGAUGGCCUGGUUUGUGCACGACACCUCAAGCACUUUGGAUAUUCACCAGAGAUUUACUAUCCAAAAAGGCCAAGCAAUCCAUUGUAUGAAAGACUAUUGCAUCAAUGUAUCGAGAAUGAUAUAUCCAUAUUAGAAAAUGAAUGCAUUGAGGAAGCAACCGAUGUCACGAUUCUGCAGGAAUACAUAAUCAUAGUAGAUGCUCUUCUAGGAUUCAGUUUCAAACCACCUUUGAGAGAGCCAUUCAUCCGUAUCAUUGACAUGCUGAAAGAUACAACUGUUCCUAUUUGUAGUAUAGAUAUACCAUCAGGUUGGAACGUCGAGGAAGGUCCGCCGCAGGAAGGUGGCAUAAAACCACAAAUGUUGAUAUCUCUAACGGCACCAAAAAUGUGUGCGUCAAAAUUUGAUGGAAAGUUUCACUAUCUAGGUGGACGAUUUGUACCUGAGAAAUUGGAAUUGCAGUACAAUCUAAAUCUACCGAAAUACGCUGAUACAGAUUUCGUCGUUCAACUACACUAAUAAAUGUUUAUAAAUUAUACUUUGUUAAAAAAAUA